UGUUGAGAUGUUGACUGAGGAUUUCAUGUCAUCCGCACCUAUGAUGCCCCUUGAAAUACUUAACGGGGGGCAACCAACAAAGGUAAUCAAUUAAUCUGUGUUUUGCUUUACCAGUUACUCACGUGCAUUAGAAUGCAUAUAGCAAACUACAUCUGAAUGCACAGAAAUAAUUGUAUGCCUUUUUCUCUGAAUGUGUAAGCUGUUUGUAACAUAGCCGUUGCCUUGUCGCUAUGCAGGCCAAACCUGAGGAGCUGGAGAUGCCCACCCCUCCGUCGCUGCCGGCCCCGCUGAGCGAUAACCUGAUAGACUUCUCAGACCCAACCCCAGUAGUAAGUCUAUAGACCCCUUCUGCUGCCUCACGCUUCAGCUGCUGUAUCUGUUACCUUGAGUAGUUUAAACUUACCAAAAAUGUGUGUGAUUCGCUUCCAAGUUCAAACCCAAUAGGCUUUGUUGACAGGUCAACUACUUACUUGGGCCUCAUUGUGCCAAGUGAUGGGUGUUUGAGUGUAACUCUUCAAUAUUGUUCUCUUGUAGUUACCACCACCACCACCAGUGCAAUCUAAACCCAUGAUAUCACCUCGCUGGAACAUCCCUGCUGCUGCAGUGAGUACUGAUGGACUUGGACUGUCUGUCCUCUGGGCUUUAAUGCUCCUGUCUGUCUAUAGUCUGCCUGUCUGUCCUGGGUUUAAGUAGGUCUGUGUAUUUUAGUCUUGUCUGUCUCUAGACUGUCUGUACGUCAGUGUACAUCUCUCUUGUAGCUGCCUCAUGUAGAGACUGACCCAGCCAGUCCACUUUCCUUCUCAUCCCAUUCUAACACAGCCACCCACCGCCAACUUUACUAAUGGCCUCCUUGACCUUGACCCCUCUGCAAAGACCGCCGCCCCUCUCCAACCUGAAGGGGGGGCUCUCACCCCAGCCCUGCACCCCCAUCUCUCCUCUCAAACACACAAUGUGAUUGACACCAGGUAACUCCGUCAUGACAUGUCAUCAUCUCUGCCUUGUCCUAAUGCGCUUUAGGUCAUCUCAUCUGGACAUUGUGGUCAUAGUAGCUAGUCUUAGUUGCUAUGUGCUUUUGGCACCAUGCCAUAUGCUGUGUUGUAAAGAGUAGACAAUAUAAUUCCCCCUCCUGUUAAUAAUUGAAGCCUGUAGUGAUUAACAUCCCCAUUUACUAAUUAUGUUCCUGAUGAGCUUCUAUGUCUUGAUAUAGCUUGGUGAAGGCUGGAACUAAAUGUUUCAAUUUCCACUACAUCUCUGCAGAAGUUAUCAAGUUUGGCUGUACUGCUGAAUAAAGUCUAUUAGUUAAGAUGAAUGUUGUGAACACUAAAAGUUAGUAGGCUUUCUGGGUUUCAAAUUUUACAAUUGAAAAAAAACAAUGCGCACAUCAGGUAAAUAUAAUUAUUUAAUGGUGCAGGCAGGUCUCCUGGAACAAUAUGCAUAGAAUGAUGGAUGUGAACCAUCGUACAGUUUCUCAUUUUGGUUUCUCAUUACGUUGUGGUGUUCUCAUGCAUCACAGUAUACUGGUUAGCGAUACAAUAUUCCUAAUCUACUAGAAUAUUACUAUGAUACAUUAACUUAUGUUGUACACACUGAAAGGUGUUCUGGGAUUUUUAUUUAGUUGUGUUCUCCUCUCACCAGCAUUGUGGCCCACCCACCCAAAGAGCACGGCACCAAGCACAAAGGUCUGUUGACCACUGAGCUC